AUGCGUCUGGCUUUCGGUGUGUCAACGGAUGACUUUAGUUGAAGUCCUGGCGGGAUGAUGUCGGAGUCGCGGCAGCGUUUGAGGAAGAAAAUGUCUCGUCAAAUCGUUCUCAUGACUGGCUGCUCAGCGGGUAUUGGUCUUGCCACAGCUAUACGUCUCUCAUUGGACCCCGAUCAGCGAUACAUCGUCAUCGCUACCAUUAUCGCGAUGUCGGAGAAAAACGAUUUGGUAACUGCUGUAGGGGACGCUCUAAACAAAACAAUUUUUUAUUGAGGAAUUAGACGUGACGAGGGAUACUGACAUCACAACUGUAGUUGAGAGAACCCUCACAGAAUACGGGAGAAUAGAUAUCCUUCGUAAGUCAUUUGUUUUUCGUUUUGUAAUUCAUAUAAAAAAAUACAUGUAUACAGGCCCAAAGAAAAGAAAGAUUGCUGCCGUGCUGGAAAAAAGCACUUUAAAGAUGUUUUUGACAUGGUAUGACCACAGUUAACGACACUGACUAUACCAAGUGUCUUAGGACUAAUUCUUAACGGCGUAACAUGGGAUUAGUAGGUCUAUAUUUCUUUUAAAUGGAGAUUUCAAAGGGCUUUUUCAUGACUAUGGAUUCACACUAGUGAAUAUUUACAAUUCGAUUGCUUCAUAAGAAAUAUAUAUGAAAGAAAUAACUAACGGUAAAGAAAUCAAGAUAAAUUUUACACACCCGUCCUGGAGAGAACUCAGAGUCUUCUACAAUGUGACCGCUGUGUGGAACAUAACAUGAAAUCCUCUUCAAAGUGAUAGAAUACUGAAAUUGAACCCAUUGAAUAUCGACGUGUACACAAAGCCAACUAUGUGAAUACACUAUGAACAGUCGUAUUGUGCAGAUAUCCAAAGUGUGAGGUCAUCAUUGCGUGUUAUUCUGAGCCCCUCCACAGUGUGAAACCCUUCCUUCCAUCGGGAAAGUUAUUUUCUACCAAAAUGAAGGCUUCCUUUCGCAACGUAAGUGGGACCUUAGACAUUGAAAAGACUGUAAAAUAUGCAUAUGUGAUGUAAUACUAUUUUUCAUCAAAUCUCCCUUGCUAUUCUUCUCUUAAACCUUAAACAUGUUAAAUUCAAUAUCGCCGGUAUUUGCUCCGUCAAUAUUCCUGAGCUGGUGCAGAGGGACAUGAUGGAGAAGAUGUUCAAGGUGAAUGUGUUUGGUGCGAUUAGACUCACUCAGGCAGUCUUACCUCAGAUGAAACGAAGAAAGGCGGGAAAGGUCAUCGUCAUCUCAAGUAUAGUAGGAAGAACAGCAUGGCCCUAUUUUGAAGUAUACAGCUCGAACAAAUUCGCAUUGGAAGGAUACUUUGAGGCCCUUGCUGCUGGUCUACGUGCAUUUAAUAUCAGAGUUUGUCUCGUCGAGCCUGGAGGAGUCAAAACUCAUCUACUGAGAGAACCAGUAAAAAGCGUCGAACAUCUACUCCAAGAUGGCUCCAUUGAAGAAAACGAUCGUCGUCAGCUCGUAAGAUUGAUGGGUAUAAUCGUCGCAGAUAAGGGCCCCACCGGGGGCCCCACCAGAGUCACGUCUGAUGCUGUCGCCGAGGCCAUAAUGACAAGGUGUAUUGACCUAGAGAAAUCGGUGUUGAGGCAUUUCCUUGCAGAGGAAUUUUACGAGAACGUACAAGCAGGGCUGGCAGAUAUGACUGGAGAGAAAGCUGUCGCAAGUUCGCAGAGAAUGCUCUGAUUUCUACACAUCUACACUGUUAAAAAAAUUUAACAGAAGUUCCUGAAACAGAGUUUAGAACACACCUGUAAUUUUAAUUAUUGUACUCUGUGAUCUUACAUUCACUGUUUAAUAUUACAGAAUAUUGGUAUUUGUUGUAUGGAACCUUACAAAUUUUAUGUAAUGAAUUCUUGGGUCUUUUUUAAACAGACCCGAAUUGCAGAAAAUGUUAUAUCAUAACAUUGAUAAAGAAUAAAUCUGUUAUUUUCUUUUUUUCUUCUGUGCAUUAAAUACUUCAUUAUCCAGCAUAUAUUAUUACCCUGUAAAAAGAAGAUUUUUACAGGGUAAUAAUAUAUGCUGGAUAAUGAAUAAUACCUUUUUGGAUGGGUGGGCCGAGAAAUUUCCCUAUAAAUUAUUAACAUUUAUCCCUGUAUGACAUAUUCAAAUUAUUCAUUUUUGCUACAUUAUACGCUGACAAAUUCUGGUCUAAUUCAAUGUAAUUGUGGUUCCUUGACUAUAGGAAUUUAGUGCUCCUACUUUUUAACUUUCAUUGCUUUUGCAAUUUUUAUGUUUGUACAUCAUAUUUUGAUUUGAAUUACUUGCAUAUAUUUUUACCCUUUUUACUUCCUUCUUUAUCUUCUUUUGAGGAAAUAUUCUAAUGGAAAUGAUGACGAGUGAGUGUCAAUUAAUCCAUGAACAUCUCAGGACUGAGCUUGCUAUGUUUGCUCAAAAUAAAUUUCAUAUGCACCUUAACUGUAGAACAGGGAUUCUCAAAUGGUGGCGCGCGCGCCAUUUGUGGCGCACCGAGCCUUGCGGAGUGGCGCUCGGGAGCCGGUAUAAAAUAAAGUAAAAAUAAGGGAAAAUUGGGGAGAAAAAAUGUAUUUAUUAGUAACCUGGAAAUAAGGAUUAGGUGAUCAUUUUAAUACAAAGAGAAAACAAAAACUCUUUACUUGACACUUAAUUGCUAAUUGAUUUCCUCAGAUUUUGUCCAAUUUAACACUCGAUAACCCCUGUUAUGGAGGAUCGAUGGUGUUCUCCUUUUUUAUUUAUUCUAUGCUGUACAAAGUUUAUGUCCCACACAAGUGAUCUGAAAACUCCGUUUGUAGGAUUUCUAUUUCAACGGCGACAAAUUUUGCAUUUCCAGAGCAUACGUUUUGGUUAAGAGUUAAACAUCAAAUAGUAUGAUAUUCAAAGAACAUCCUGAUCAUAAAAGAUUAUGAAUAUGGGACAUAACAAGCUUUGAUUCCGGAGCCGAUUAAAAUCCGAAGUUGUAAAAGUGAAAUACAUUAUGCUCAGAUGUAUUGCCUGCCGUGAUUGCCUGCAUGCACUCUUGCUUAAUACGAAUUGAAUGAAUGAUACUGCACGUGAGUUGUAGAGAAAGAGGGGCAGUUUGGGGCGUUAGUGCAAUGAAACGCCUAAAUUUCAGCCCUUGCAAAAUCUGGGAACGUAACUUAUUCAGCCACUGGCGUACAGAUGGGGGUGGGGAUUGGGGGCCCCCAAGUGGUUCACGGCCAAGACAAAAAAAAAAAAAAAGGAAAGAAAAAAGGAAAGGGAAAGAGUGGAAUAUUAUUUUCUUAAUAUUAUGUCAAAA